AUGACCACCUCGGCGACGCUGCAGGCCUUAACCACAGCCUCUACGGAUGCUGAUAGGCUCCGUGCGCUCAAAGACCUGAAAAACUCGGUGAUUGGCAACACUUGGAAGAAGGUCGAGCAUGCAGGCGAUGAUGCGCUGCUCCAAUACCUCCUCACACUCCUCAAGAACGCCGGUGACGACAGCGUGUGCGUGAGCAUAGUAUGCGAAACCGCGGUCAUCUUCGGUGCGCUCGGAGCGGCUGGCGCACUCACCCUCCGCCCACUUCUUGCUGAAGGUGUGCCGCAGCGCCUGUUUGCGCUCGUGCGCGAGAUCGCACCGGAACAGCCGGGGUCAGCGCGCAUACUCGCACCCGUUCUGCGAGCCCUGCGCAAUAUCCUGGCUGCAACGGCAGACACGCUGUGGGGCCACAACUGGGGGGUUGGCGCGGAGCAAAAGGUCGUCGGGACUGGGCUGGUUGGCGAUGACGUCCUCCACCCAGCCCGCGUGCGUGGGAGUGCGCGUGCAGCGGCAUGGCGUGCGGACGCGAACACGGCGCUCGGACUCGUAUUCGAGCCAGAGAACCGCGUCGCACUUCUUGCCCUAAUCGAUGCACAGCCAGAGCCAAACGUCCUCCUUCCCAUAUACCAGCUACUUGCACGUCUCACACAACGGUCCUCUCAUCGGGAAGCGCUUGAGUUACAUGGCGCCGACGGCGAGGAAGUGCCCGUGUCCCUCGUCGAUCACCUUCUCGAUACCAUGGUCGACUGGCGCAGUCCUGGUCAGUGGCCUAACCCCAAGCUCUUGGAAGCGGCUCUUGAUCUCCUCAGCGCCCUCGUCAAGGGCCAGCCCCGCAUCGCGACGUAUGUCCGCCAGUGGUCUACUGGUCUUGACAUCGCUGCUGACGACGGAAUUACCGUGCCUGAGGUAGUCACCGUGCUGUGCGAGCUUCUGGAGACUGGGCCACCGGGCGUGCGGAUCGCUGUCGCUGGGUGCUUGACCAACAUACUGAAGGCGGACAAGGGGCACCACGUACGCGAUCGCCUGGGUCUGAACCGCACGAAUAACGAUCUCCUGAACGUCAUCGUUAAGCUGUUGCGCACGGAGGCGAUCGAGGAACGCGUCAAGCUGUGCUUCGUCCUAGCGGCACUGACGUCGGAUGACGAACGGCUGCAGAAGAUUGCGUUCGACGAGAACUGCCACACGCAGCUGAUCGCGAUGUUGGUCGAGGUCGACGGGGAUGAGGAGCGCGGUGAGCUGGGGCACGACGCUGCGAGCCGCAUGCGCGAAGGUGCGCUGCUAGCUCUAGCUUCACUGUGCUUCCAAUAUGAGCCGACGCGGAGCGCGAUCGCGGACUCGCCGACGUCAGUGCUGUCACUUGUCCGUGGCGCCCUCCAGCACCCGAGUUAUGGCGUGCGCGCUGCGGCGUGCCAGCUCGCACGCGCUCUCUCACGCACUGUCGCGAUCUUGAGGACGUCACUUGUGGAUUCGGGUGUCGGCGAGGAGGUGAUCGAGACGCUCAAACGCGAGGUCGCGCGUCGGAGGGCAGGUGGUGACGACGGCCCGGCCGACGGCGGCUUCGACAUGCUCCCCGAGCAGGAGGUUGGUGAGCGCCAGUUCACGGUCGAGGUUGCGGCGACUGCGACGAUCUGCAACCUUAUCACAGACUUUUCACCACUCAAAUCUAAAAUCGCCGAUCCCGGCGGUCUGGAGCUCCUCGCGGGCCUCACGACUGUGCCGUAUGAGCCGCUGGUGGAGAACGCUCUGUGGGCCUUCAAGAACCUGAGCUACCACGCGACGCAGCAGCUCAAGGACGACAUCAUGACUGCCCUGGGAUGGGAUGCCUUACGCGGCCUAAUGUCCGCGCCGACACCCCUCAAUGCGAGGGUGCAGGCGCUGGGUAUCCUGCAGAACAUGCUGGACAAGCAGACGGGGAGCCAGCUGGCGCGCACCGUCGAGUCGAUGGGGACCGAGGCGUUCUUUUUACUCAUGGGCGACAUUCUACGCGCCGAUGACACGGAAGUACGCGUCGCUGCGUUGUUCUGUCUCGGAAGCGUUGCGCUGGGCAAUGAACGCCUGCGGCGGCAGAUCAUGGAACGCAACGAGCUCGUCGAGGCGCUGAGUGAUGCGUUGAAUGCGCGUGAUCCGCUGAUCUGCACGCCGGCAAUUCGGGCGUUGCGCCACCUGAUCGAGAAGAGCGAGAAGAGCGAUGGCACGCGUUCAUGGCGUCCGCGCCAGGGUGUUGUGGAUCUACUCCAGCCGUACGAGCUCAAGACGCGGCUGCGCGAGCUGGCGGACAACUCGGCCAACGUGACAGUGCGCAGGGACGCGUGUAACCUCCUGGAGAUUCUUGAGCGUGCGCGGUAG